AUGCUUCCUCUGAUCGCAACGAUUCUUCUGCUAAGCCCGUGUCCGCAGAUGUCCUCCUCAAUGGUACUGAGUGACAACGAUAUUUAUGACCUUGACGACGUUGCUGAUGACCCCCAGUUCCUAAAAAAUGUGCUAGAGUUGGCAAAAAGGCCACGAUUUUUGACCCGCCUGGGUAAACGCAGUCGGACUUUCCAAGCCCGCCUCGGAAAACGUGCAAUGCACUGGAAACCAAGGUAUCUGUAA